GGCGCUCAACAGUCUACAGCAGCAAGUUGAGCUUCUUGCCAGGACUGUGGACUCAAUGGAGAUGCGCGGACGAAGAGGAAUUUUGUUGCUGCAUGGUGUCCCCGAGGAGAAGGAUGAAGACACCGCAAAGGUAAUUGUUGGAGUUGUCAAGGACCGCUUUAGGAUCCAUAGUUUUGCUGAAGAUGACAUUAAGCGAUGCCACAGAAUGGGAAGGUCUUCAUCCACUACAAAACCAAGGCCUAUCCUAUUUAAGCUUCGGGAUGUUGCUGUCCGAAACAAUAUUUGGUUUGAGAAAACAAAACUAAAAGGCACCGGCAUCACUGUCUCAGAGUUCUUGACCAAACCUCGACAUGACCUGUUUAUGGCUGCACGGAAGAGGUUUGGGGUGACGAAGUGCUGGACGAGGGAUGGGUGUAUUUAUGUAUUGGCACCCAAUGGCUCACGGCAUCGCGUCACAUCGUCUACGGAACUGAGCUCUAUACUGUCCCGUGGUGGCACCAAGUCCCCUGAAGCGGCAUCUACCAACGCUCCGCAGAAGCCCAUCAUCACCAGCAGGCCCAAGCGUGCUGCUGCUAUUAAAAAGUGAAGUGUUUUUCACCCCCUGAUAAUGUGUUAAGUCCGAGUAAUACUAGUUAGUUUUUUCUUCAGUUCUUUUCUUGUUGUAAGUACCCACUUUCUUUUAAAUGUACUUCUUUUUCUUUUCGUUUUAAUCUUGUUGCACUAUUAUUUGUCUUUCAUUAUAGA